AUGCCCAAUUUUACAGAUUUUCAAAGUAUGAAGGAGCUUUUCGUGUUUUUGGCACUUCCAUUGAUUGCUCUAAUGGUAGCGAUUGGAGCAAACGAAAACCACCACAACGACAAAUACACAUUUUAUAGAAAUAAAAAUAAACCGAAAAAGUCCCUAAUCCCACCAUCGUUUGCAUUUUCAGGACAUGGAGACCACGAAGGUCAUGACCAUGGCGAUCACGACCAUGGUGGUCACGACCAUGGCGAUCACGACCACGGUCAUGAUCAUGACGAUUUUUGA